GAGUGAGCGCGUGAAAGAGGGUAGUGGGUACUGUACUGGAUUGCUAGCAGGGAUGAGCUGUGAAUAUAUGUAAGAGAGUAGUACUAAUGUCCCACCACCCAUGUGCCCUUCUUCCUGUCUCCACCAGUUCCUGCUUCUCAAUCAUUAGUCCUCUUCUCCCCCCUACCCACUUCUUAAUUCUACCUAGCUUCCUCCAUUGUUGUAUCUCUACUAUUUUUACAUACUACUUGUUUUUUACUUUAUUGGGAUUUUGCGCAUUCUCUCGCUACUUACAAGAGUGGUGAAUCUUGAUUUGUUAAGUAUUUUUACAUAUUUGUUGUUUGGGGCUCUGUUUUUUCUCCCAUAAAUCUCACUUCAAAGAGCUUUUCUAUUACUUGAAACUUCAACUGAAGCUGCUUUCUUGAUUUGUCUAAGUUUUUUUUUUACAUAUUUGUUGUUUUUUCUUUGUUUGGGGUUUUGCUUAAUUCAGCUCUGUUUUUCCCCCCAUAAAUUCCAAAUUAAAGAGCUUGGUGAAUUUGUUGUUUUUUCUUUGUUGGGGUUUGCUCAAUUCAGCUCUUUUUGCUCAUAAAUUCCACAUUUGUACUCCACCACUACUCUAUUUGGACUUUGAUUUUCAAAUAUUUGUUUCCUUUUCAUUGUUGGAUUUUGUUCAAUUGAGCUCUGUUUGUCUAUAAAUCCCAGCAAUCUUCCACUUCCACCAUUUUUACUAGUGUUUUGUGCUUCUAAUGUCGACGUCUGCAGAAGGAAAUGGAGCUAUAAUUGAUCCUCAGAGGCAACAACAACAACAACAACAACAGCCUUCUGGGGUUGGUACAAAUGGUGCUUUAACAGUGAAAAAACCUCCGGUAAAAGACCGGCAUAGCAAGGUUGAUGGUAGAGGAAGACGUAUAAGGAUGCCAAUUGUAUGUGCUGCAAGAGUUUUUCAGCUAACUCGUGAAUUGGGUCACAAAUCCGAUGGACAAACUAUCGAAUGGCUGCUUCGUCAAGCUGAGCCUUCAAUUAUAGCUGCUACUGGUACUGGUACUAUUCCUGCUAGCUUCUCUACUGUAUCUGUAUCGGUACGGAACUCAACUGCAUCUCUUGUUUCAUCACUUUCGGCUCCACUUGAUCAGAAAUCAUCACAUAUGAUUUCACCGGCGCCGUUUAUCCUCGGGAAACGCCUCCGGUCAGAUGACGAAAACCUUGAAAAUGGGAAUAAGGAUGAUGUGGCUGUAGCUGCCGGAGCUGCUACUGCUGUGGGUCCCACAGCUGGGUUUUGGGCUGUUCCAGCUAGGCCUGAUUUUGGUCAAAUAUGGAGCUUUGCGGCGGGGCCGCCACCAGAAAUGAUGGUGCCGACAUCCGCGGCCGCAGCAGCUGCGGCCGCGGCGGCGUUAAGUUCGCAGAGUUCUAGAUUCUUUCAGCAGCAGAUGGGAGAGGCUUCAGCUGCUAGAGUUGGAAAUUACCUACCAAUGACUCAAGGGCAUCUCAAUUUGCUAGCUUCUCUAUCAGGUCCUCCACAGCCUUCUUCCGGGAGAAGAGACGACGACGGACGCUGAAGAUAUGAAUAUUAUUAUUGUUAUUGAUAUUGUUGUUGUUGUUGUUGUUAAUAUAUCGUAUAAAUGUGUUUUAAUGUUCUUGAUUGUGUUAGAUGAGAAAUUUGUUGCUAGGUUCUAGUGAGUGAGAAAUGAACUAGGGGUUUGUUCAAUUUCAUGAAUUAUUGCUAGGAUUAGGUUUGUUUGCUUUAUCUCAUUUGUCAAGAGUUUACGUUCACCGAGUUUUGGUGUUGUAAGCUGUGUGACGAUAACACGAAACACAAGCAUCAGGGGAAGUUGUUGCUUGUGAUGAAUUUGGUGGGGUUUGUUCUGUUGUUUGCAGACCUCAUAAUAAGCUGCUUUGAUCACUUUGUAACAAGAGAUAAUAGGGAAUCAGUGUGGACUAUGAAAACCUGUAGUUCCACAUGAAUGUUUUGUAAGGAAACCGUGGAGGUUUCCGUUGAAUUUAAUUCUGUAAUUUGUUGAAACUAUAUCAGUUGUGAGCUUAAACUUUCCUACUCAAAAGAGUGCUAUGGACUUUAAUUUAUUACUGAA